ACCUGUGUGUUGGGUACACUGUAGUAGUUAGUUGGCAUCAACAUUUACGUGCGUUUACUUAUUUUAGUGGAAAUGUUAUGAAAGUGACAAAAUCAUGCCCAGAAAAUUGUUGAAGUUUUUAAUUCUUUUUGACAACACCUCUCUGUUGUAUUUCCCUGGACAAUUUUUAUCUGGAAGGGUGCUAAUAGAGUUACAAGAGGACACACCCGCGCUAGGCCUACAUUUCCAUGUCGUCGGUGAGGGAGUCGUACGAGUUCGCACCCCUCGUCAAGAGAGGGUGUACGAUAGGGAGAAUUACAUAGAUUUUCGUAUGAGGUUGCUUGGAGAAGCAGGGCAGGGACCUUCUGUUUUAUCACCCGGCAUCCACAGCUUUCCGUUUAAGCUUGGACUGCCGCUUGGGUUGCCAUCAACAUUUCUGGGCAAACACGGUUGGGUCCAAUAUUUCUGCAAAACCGCUCUGAGAGAACCAAAUGGACUUACCCACAAAAACCAACAAGUAUUUAUUGUUAUGAAUCCAAUCGAUCUUAAUUUGGAACCAUCUAGUUUAAGUAAUAUUUCGGGACAGGAGACAUUUAGAUGCGAAGUCGAGCACAAAUUUGGAGUUAGCUGUGUGGGUUCCGGAUCGGUAGUUUGCAAAGUUACCCUUGAUAGGGGAGGAUACGUUCCUGGAGAAAGUAUAGGUGUCUCGGCAACAGUGUACAAUAGGAGUCGCGUAACCAUUAAAAGUACAAAAGCAGCUUUAACAGAAAGCAUAAAGUACCUGGCGAGAGGUAAAGUGGUUCAAUCGGAAAAAAGAGAAUUAGCUUGUCUGACCAGGGGAAAAAUUAGACCAGGAGAAAAGGAUGAAUGGGUGAAUGAGCAGCUGUAUAUACCUCCUUUACCUCCAACGAAUUUAAGAGGCUGUCAUCUUAUCAAAAUUGACUAUGAUGUCUUUUUUAUUAUUGAACCUAAGAGCCUUCAAAAGGAAGUGAAACUGCAGUUACCUAUAAUGAUGGCUACUUACCCAUUAAGAUCGGAGGGAGAUGAUGACGCUUACAAGACAGGGACCCAUUACCCAUCAACUUUACCUAUAUUUAGACCAUGGUUGGAGGAAAAACCCACAAUGGAAUAGUUUUAAAUUAUAAAGAAAUAUAUACCUAUGUGCCAAUAAUUGACUAAGUAAACGUACUAAUGAAAUCAUAUUUUUAACCGUAUUUAUAAAAUGUGAUAUUAAUAUUUAUUUUUAUUCUAUUUUAUUCAUGUUUGUCAUAUAACUUUGCUACUGUACUUAAUAUGUACUUAUUAUCAA